GGAUGCAGAGGCGAGGCCGGAAGUGGUGUUUAGUAGGGAAUGGGGGGCGAGGUACACUGGCGGUCGGCAGGUUCGGCGGGAGGCUCGCGGCGCUGGGUUGGAGUGCUAAGAAGACAUGAGCUAUUAAGUCAUGAAACUACCUGGAGGACCUUUAAAUGAAUAUUACCAAGUGAAAGAAGCCAACCUGAGAAGUCUGUAUACAUGUAAUUCCGACAGUAUGGCAUCCUGGAAAAAGCAAAACUGUGAAGCUGAGCUGGUUAAAAAAAUCAGUGACUACUAGAGAUCAGUGGGGGUAGGAAGGAAGGGAAGGAUAAAUAGACAGAGACACAGGGUUUUUAGGGCAGUGAAAAUACUCUGUGUGAUGCCAUGUGAUGGAUACAUGCCAUUAUUCAUUUGUCAUAACUCAUAGGAUGUACAACCCCAAGAGUGAGCCUUAAUGUAAGUGAUGGACUUUGGGUGAUGGCGAUGUGUUGGUGUGGCUUUAUCACCUAUAACAUGUACCACUACUCUGGUGAGGGAUGUUGAUAAUGGGGAAGACUGUGGAUGUGGGGGCAGGGCUAUGUGGGAAAAAAUCUCUACCUUUUGCUCAGUUUUGCUGUGAACCUAAAGUUGCUAAGUUUAUUACAUUAAAAAAAAUGUAUUAUACAUGAUAUACUAUAAGUCCCCUUCAAGUUUACUGUUAAAUACAAUUUAAUGAAGUCUUACAGAAGACUGUCGCCAAGGCCGCCUCCCUCUGGCAGCAUCUUUCUUGUUUCAAGGUCAAAACAUGAUGCCUCUUUCAAAUAUGGCAUGAUUUUUAAAAGAUUAGACCAGAAUAAAUGCAGUGGUGACAGGCUGAUGAAAACUGAUGGCAUGCAGAUCAUUCGUGGGCUUCCCUGAUGGCUCAGCAGUAAAGAAUCCACCUGCCAAUUCAGAAGACCUCGGUUCAAACCCUGGGUUCGGAAGAUCCCCUGGAGGAGGAAAUGGCAACCCACUCCAGUGUUCUUGCCUGGAAAAUGCCAUUGACAGAGGAAGUUGAUGGGCUACAGUCCUGGGAUUGCAAAGAGGCAGACGUGACUGAGCACAAAUGGAAGACUUUACCCUUCUUCCAUUCCAUUCUUAUCCCCACCCCAAACACACACACAAAGUGGCAUCACUUAAUGGAGAGGUUUGUAAGGAAGUGCUGUAUUAUGCUGAUAAGACCCAAAUAUCCCAAGUUGAAGAAAGCGACGCAGUAAGUACUUUGUAGAUGGGCACAGUCAAAGUGAGCCAAGAGGAAAUAACAGUUAGUGAAUGAGCUGUGCUUCUCCAUGGUCUGCUGUGUUCGGCUUUGGCAGUGUACUCUGCAUCUGCUGGUACUGACCCCCAGGUCUCACAUCAUUUUUUCUCUCUCCCAGUCUUGGUUGAAGUGUUCUGCCUUUUAGAAAUGGGCCUAAACCUGUAUAACAUGGUGGUGAGGAGAACUAUAGCUUUUUGCUUCAACAUUCAUGACCUUGGAUCUUGUAAAGGUCACUAGAGCCGGGAACAGUACUCCUCUGUCUUGUAAUGUUUAAUGUCAUAUUUCUGGUCUUAUUCCCAGGUUAAGGGUGCAUUCCAAGAAAGCUCUAAAGAUAUAUCACCAGCUCCAGCCAUAUAGUUGACCUAGCCAUGGAAAACCUUGUUGGAACCUUACUAGAUCAAAGCAUAAUUUGCCAUCUUAAAAAAUAUGCUUCCCAUCAGAAAGUAUCAGGAAUAAAAAUCUGAGAUAUAUACCCACCACUUCAAGGAAGUUCCAGUGUCAGCCAACAGUUGAGCAGAUCAGCUAGUUUCUUUGAUCAUCAAGCAGACGUAGUCAGGCUGCCAACACAACAGAAGAAAAUGUCUCUGUGUCAGUAUUUUUCAUGUUAUGUGUGGGACCCAAGGAAAUCAAUUUUGUGAGUCAUGAUGAACAUUUAAAAAAAAUGAAAUAUCAGAGUGCUUUGCAUAAAUCCUUUUGCCAGAAUUGUGCACCUUGCAGGGAAUACUAAGGUCAGUUUCAAUAUGUGAAAAGAUAUUUGUUGGAGGGGAUAUGAUGAAUAUAGUGUCCAUUGAUUGCUUAAGAAACCGUUUUUCAAUAAUUUGUCCAUUGAUGUUUGGUUUUCAUAACAAAACGGCUGAUGUGCAGCAUAGUUGUAUAUUAUAACUUGCAACUGGAUAUAAAAUCUGAGAUGUUCAACUGAGAUUCAGUUGUGAAUUAAAUGUUUUGGAAAGAUGUUAUCUAGGCUAUAAAUAGGUAUACACACAUACAUACAUAUUUGAGUUAGUGGCAAUUGUAACAUUCAAAAUUGCUUUUAAAAUGGAUCAUUUCUUUUUUAAAAGAAAGAGGAAUAAUGAAGCAAAAUAUGCAAAAGCAUGUUCAAGUUCUACCUCUGGAUCUGGAAGUGUGACCAGUGACAAUUAUGAGAAAAAUAUUGACUCUAAUCUGCAAACAUCAACUGCAUUUGAACCACAUUUCAAAAGGAAAAAAGUCAGUGUAAGAUGUUAUAAUGAAGAUUAUUUAAAAUAUGGUUUUAUCAAAUGUGAAAAACCCUUUGAAAGUGACAGACCUCAGUGUGUUAUUUGCAGUAAUAUUCUUGCAAACGAAAGCUUAAAACCUUCAAAAUUAAAAAGGCACUUAGAAACACAGCAUGCUGAACUUAUUGAUAAGCCUCUUGAAUAUUUUCAAAGGAAGAAAAAAGAUGUAAAGUCACCAACACCAUUUUGUAGCUAUUCUGCUGUCAGUGAGAAAGCCUUAUUAUCAUCGUACUUGGUUGCAUAUCGUGUAGCAAAAGAGAAAAUGGCUUACACAGCUGCAGAAAAAAUUAUUCUUCCAGCAUGCCUGGAUAUGGUGUGUACAAUUUUUGAUGAUAAAUCUGCAGAUAAAUUAAAAACUAUUCCUAAUGAUAGCAGGAUAGCUCUUCGCAUUUGUACAAUUGCUGAGCAUUUAGAGGCCACGCUUACUACUCGAGUACACUCAGGAAUAGACUUUGCAGUUCAGUUUGAUGAAAGCACUGAUAUUGGAAGCUGCACAGAACUUUUAGUCUAUGUGAGAUACACAUGGCAAGGUGAUUUCAUGGAGGAUUUUUUGUGUUGUUUAAACUUAACCUCAUGCCUAAGUGAAUUAGAUAUUUUCACAGAAUUGGAAAAGUGCAUUGUUGGUCACUAUAACUUAAACUGGAAAAACUGCAAAGGAAUCACAAGUGACGGAACAGCAAACAUAACUGGGAAACAGAGCAGAGUAAUUAAAAAGUUGCUCGAGGUGAGUAGUGCCACGUGGAAUCACUGUUUUAUACAUUGUGAAGUGUUAGUGUCCAGAGAGAUCCCACAAAAUCUCAUGGAAGUAUUGAAAAAUGCGGUGAAAGUUGUUAAUUUUAUUAAAGGAAGCUCACUAAACAGCCGACUGCUUGAAACCUUCUGUUCAGAGAUUGGAGCUAACUAUACCCACUUACUGUAUCACACCAAAGGCCGCUGGUUAUCUCAAGGGAAAGUACUAAGCAGGGUUUAUGAACUCAGGAACGAGAUCCACAUUUUUCUCACUGAAAAGAAAUCUCAUUUGGCAACUAUUUUUGAGGAUGAUAUUUGGGUAAUGAAACUGGCAUAUUUAACUAUUUUUGGCAUCCUUAAUGAACUCAGUUUAAAACUACAGUGGAAAAACAAUGAUGUAUUCCAACUGAUGGAACGGAUCCAAGGAUUCCGAAAGACAUUAUUGUUGUGGCAAGCGAGACUGAAAAGCAACCAUCCUAGCUAUUACAUGUUUCCAAGAUUUUUGCAGCACAUUGAAGAGAAUGUUAUUAAUGAGAACAUUUUGGAGGAAAUAAAACUAGAGAUACUGUUGCGUCUCACGUCUCUCUCUCAAACUUUUAACGAUUUCUUCCCAGAAGAGAAAUUUGAAACACUAAGACAAAAUUGUUGGGUAAAAGAUCCAUUUGCUUUUCGAAACCCAGAAUCAAUAACUGAGUUAGACCUGGUGCCUGAAGAAGAGAAUGAAUUAUUGCAGCUCAGUUCUUCAUUCACAAUGAAGAAUGAUUAUGAAGCAUUAAGUUUAUCAGCAUUUUGGAUUAAGAUAAAGGAAGACUUUCCUUUGCUAAGUUGAAAGAGCGUCCUGCUACUAUUACCAUUCACGACAACUAGUUUGUGUGAACUGGGGUUUUCGGUCUUAACCCAGUUAAAAACAAAGGAAAGGAAUGGAUUCAGUGGUGCAGCAGAAAUGGUAGCACUCUCCUCCUGUGUUCCAAACUGGAACGAGCUCAUGUGCAGGCAGGACACUCCCCACGUUAAAUCGUUUUGACCCGGUUUUUGUUUGCGUUUCAUAUAUUGUGAUCCUUUCCUGUGUUGUAUUUAAAUGUUAAUAUAGCAGUGUAUGUGGUAACCUAUGUUUUAUUUUUGUUAUAUUUAAAUACUAAUAAAAUCAUAAUUUUAUGUCCAUUGAA